AUGACGGACAAGGUCAUCAGCGUGGAAUACCGCGGCCGCGUGGCUCUCAUCCUCAUCGACAACCAGAGCAAGCUCAAUGCGCUCACGCAGCAGUACUACUUUGAGCUUGCGCAGUCGCUGCGUGAGAUUGAGAAGCACGAUGAAGUCUUUGUGACUGUCAUCAUGGGCAAGGGCCGUUACUUUUCCGCCGGCGCCGACGUGAGCAUCACCCGGGCCACGCCCACGGAGCCGUCCGAGGCGUACACGCACUGGCUGCAAAACUUUUCCGCCUUCAACCUCAACACGACGCUCGCCUUUGCCGAGCACCCCAAGGUUCUCGUCUUUGGGCUCAACGGGCCCGCGGUCGGCCUCUCGGCCGCCCUCGUCGGCCACGCCGACUUUGUCUACUGCACGCCGCACACCUUCCUCCUCACGCCCUUUUCCUCGCUGGCGCUCGUCGCCGAGGGCGGCGCGUCGCGCGCGCUGGCCCUCCGCCUGGGCCCCGCGCGCGCGGCCGAGGCCCUCAUCGCGAGCCGCCGCAUCCCCGCGGCGGCUCUCGAGCGCUGCGGCUUCGUCAACGCCGUCUUUGACGAGCCCGACUGGCAGAGCUUCCACGCGCGCGUGCUCAAGGAGGUCGACGACACCAUGGGCGAGCACCUCAGCGGCGACAGCAUGACGGGCAUCAAGAGCCUGCUCAAGGCGCCGGAGCGCACCAUCAUGGAGUCGCAAAACUCAAAGGAGGUCAUGGCGGGCCUGCAGCGCUUCGUCAAGGGCCUGCCGCAGGAGGAGUUUCGCAAGAUUGCCGCGGGGGAGAAGCGUCACAAGCUGUAA